CUUGAUCUCCUUGUUUCUCUUUUAUGCUUUCUUUCUCUCUCUCUUUCUCUCCAUUUUUCCUUUCUUUCCUUUGAUAUCAUCUAGCUUCUUCUCUGCUCCUGGAAUCUUCCAUACAAAGGUCAUAAUAAGAACUUAGUACUAGAGUUAUUGAUCUAGUUGAUACAGUGCAAGGCAGGACUAUGGGCGACGCUUCUGCUUCGUAUAUUCACAUGGUGCACCAUCUGAUAGAAGAGUGCAUUGUAUUCAACAUGAGCAAAGAAGAGUGCAUGGAAGCUCUCAACAAGCACGCCAACAUCAAACCAGUCAUCACAUCAACAGUGUGGAACGAGCUGGAGAAAGAGAACAAGGAGUUCUUUGAGGCAUACAAGAAGAAGAAAAGAGGAGAAGAAGCCAGUGAAAUGGAGACAAGGCACAAGAUCCAAGGCGUGAUUGCUGAAUCAUCCAAUACAACCCAAGAUCAUUAAUUACUGCUGCAACGAUUAAGUAGAAAUUAUUAAUGAAUAAUUAAAUAGAGAUUACCGAACUAAUGUAAAAUAAGUGAUUUAAUACACUUCUCACUUUUCAU